AUGAAUCUGUUGCUGCUCGCGGGCAUUUUGUUUGUCGCCGGAAAAGACACUCCCGGUAAAACGCAGAUCCGGGUGAUCAAGCCGAUGAAUCUGUCGGCGCUGGUUUUCAUGCAUGUGUUCAAAGCUGGAGGCACGUCCUACGGGGCGGCUUUGGCCAAGUAUGCGCGAGCACACAAGAUCCCGUUCUUCACGGACAUGCGGCAGGGCAAGCAGAUGGUUUUGCCCAGCGCCAUUCUGGAAAUGAACAAGAAAGCCAAGCAUUUGGCAGAGGCGCCGUCCGGCCGCGGCUUCACCAUCUUCCAUGGGCAUUUGUGCGAUUUGGGCCUUGCGAAGCUCAAUUCGUUGCACGGAGGCGUGCUGGGGCCAUUUCUGCGGGCGCCUCUCUUCGUGGCGGUGUUGCGGGAGCCGUCGGCGCGGUUGGUCUCCGUGUUCCUGCAGCUCACCGCGGGGUUGCGGCACGAGCGGGGGGCCGCUCUGUCCAUGGACCCGAAGACGUUGCAGGGGGGGCGGAUGGACAAGGACCGGCUGGAGGACAUGUUCGCCCAGUUCAUGCGGCAGCAGGAGGUCGCCCAGUGCCGCAUCGUGCCCAACCAGGUGCUAGGUGCUGCCUGGGCGUCGCCCUGUGCUUCGGUGCAUGCCUUGGACUCCGCAAGACUGGCAUCCAUGAGCCAGCUGCUGGAGCGCUCCGUGCUGCCGCUGCUCACCGAGCGGACGCUGGACUCCGCGGCCUUGCUGGACCACUUCCUGGCAGGCGCUGGAUACAAGCAUGCCCCAUCCGUGCGCCAGUUCAUGCUGCGAAACCCCUUCCGGUGCGGGAAAUAUCAGGAUUGGAGGCAGGGACGGAGGCACGGGGCGCUGGAAGAAUGCCGCGAUGCUGAGGGCUACCAUGUGGACCAAGGGGCUCGGCUUUUGUCCGACGCUAUACGCCAUGUGGUUUCAGAGUACAUGGGUUAUGAGAUGUGGCUCUACAGCAAUGCAACAUCUCUUUUCAAGCGCUACCUGGAAGUCUACAGUAUCGACUCCAGCACGGAGCCGUGCAACAUCAGCACCUCGGAGGGGUGCAGCAAGAAGCAACGCGCCUACCUGGACAUUUGGAAGAAGAAGUCGCUUUCGGAGAUCCAGGCGGAACUCGGACGACAGAACGACUUGAGGCGCCUUUCGAGUGCCAAAGAGAUCCAGGCGCUGCGAAAGGUGCCGGUCCUGGAGGCGCUCCAGAAGAAGUUGCGCGAGGAGCUGUGA